AUGGUUGCGGUGAACCUCGUCAAGUCUAUUGUUUUCCGUUUUGGUGUGCCUCAUAGUAUCAUCACGGACAAUGGCUCCAACUUCACCUCGGGAGAAUUCAAGCAGUACUGCGAUGGGCUCGGCAUACAACUGAAAUUUACGUUAGUUGCACACCCGCAAACCAAUGGGCAAGUCAAAAAGGCCAACGACCUUAUCUGCAGUGGGAUUAAAAAAAGACAGCUAGCACCACUCAAAAGAGUAAAAGGCGCUUGGGUCAAUGAGCUACCUUACGUCCUCUGGAGUUUACGAACAACACCAAAUAUUGCCACUCAUGAAACUCCUUUCUUUCUGGUCCACGGUGCUGAGGCCGUGCUUCCAGUCGAAGUAACUCAUGAUGCUCCGCGAGUCACGGAAUAUGAAGAAGUCGAGUCCACAAAGGCGCUUGAAGACAAUGUUGACACACUCGACGAAGCAUGUGAUGUGGCCAUCACAAGGGCAACAAUGUAUCAACAAAACAUAUGCAACUACCAUAGCCGUCGGUUAUGCCCUCUAUCUAUUGAGGUUGGGGACUUGGUCCUUCGACUCAAGCAAGAAAAACAUCGCAAGCUCGAGUCUCCAUGGCUCGGGCCCUACAUCAUCACAGAGGUGAUCCCUGGAGAAGCCUAUCGGCUCAAGGAUAAAAAGUCCGAACAAAUGGAGCCAUACCCGUUGAACGUCCAGUAUCUAUAUCGCUUCUACGCUUAG